GAAAAAGAUUCUUCUCAGAACAGCCCACAAGAGAUACAGAGAGAAGACCUGGAAGAAACAAAUACAAAUGUAGUGUCCCAGAAAGCAUCUGUAUCACUUGAACCUUGUACACCAAAGAAAAAUCCUGUAAUUGCAGAAAAAUUGGAUGAAAAAGCAGGAGUCGUUUGCUCAACUGCAUUGAGUAAACCUUUACAAAUUCAAAAACUGCAACUUCAAAACAGAGAAGACUUUCAGGCAGACAGUGUCGCUCUUGAUAAUUCGGCUAAGCAGCACAUACAUCAGCCUAAUCCUGCUUUAAUGGCAACAGCAGUCCAGAGCAUGGAAGCUGCCAGCGUUCAUACUUCUGUAGAGGAUCCAGUAGGUUGUACGGCUACAGUCUUGCAAUUUACAGACCCCGACUACUUGAAUUCAUCUCUGAAACUGAAAAAUGCUUUACGUUCAAUUACUGACUAUGCAAUUGAAAAUCCUAACUCUCCUGUUGUAGGCUGCUCUGUUGAAGUACAGCCAACAAAUGAAAAUGCAGUUUUACUGAGUACAGUCACACAAACGAUUGAACAGUUCAGUGGAAGUGAAGAGUCUGUCAUUGCUAUUAUUGUGCCAGCCGAGAGUGCGGAAGAGCCUGAAAUAGUAAACAGUUCUUUCCUGCCUAUUAAGCAAGAGUAUCUUGACACAGAGGAGACAGAAACAGAUAAAUCUGUGUAUAUGAAUGCAUACGGUGGAAGUGAAGUAUUACAAACUGAGCAUUCAUACUGCAAACAAGACAUAGACAGAGAUCACCUUUGGCAAAAAAUUUCAAAGCUCCACUCUAAGAUAACUCUACUUGAAAUGCAGGAGAUAAAAACACUGGGGAGACUCAGGUCCUUGGAAGCUCUUAUUGGACAAUUGAAGCAAGAAAACUUGCUUUCUGAAGAAAAGCUGAAGGUUGUAGAAAACUGCUUUACAACACUUGAAGUGACUAUGAUACAGUAAAGACUUUCGAUGAUUGUUCUAAAAUAUCUUUUUAGCCUCUUUGACUGUCCUUUUGGACAAAUUAAUUUUUAGUGCAGUCAUGGUAUUUUAAACAUCUAAUGCAAAUUGUGUGAAUAGCAAAUAUUCUUUAAACUGUUACAUCAACCACUACCAAAGCUAGGUGGUAGAAUAUUGCUUAUAAAACAUGACUUGCAAGUAAGCU